CUUCCAUCUCUUCUUGUCAACGAUUUGCAUCUCGACAACACUGGCUACAUCGCCUCACUCGUCACUUCUGUCAACCCACCCUCACACCACCAUGAUCACCUGUACAUGAAUAAAACUACCCUAGGACAGACAGCAUCCUAGAACAUCACACUCUUUCAACCACACACCCCUCACCCUUCCCCCUCCCGCACACCAUGCCAGACCCCUUGGCCACCAACGCCGAGGCCUCGAGCAGUCGGCCACGCGACCCAAGCACUUCAAGAAGCGUUUCAAGAACAGGGCCGUCAUCCCCACUCCCAGGCUCGACGACGCCGUCCACUCCGUCCCGUGUGCAAUCUCCGACUUCUGCUGCUGCCGCGAACGUUGCCAAGAGGAAGGUUCGAACCGUGCCCCCUUCUGCCAAGUUUGAACCGCCAACACCACCGACCGAGAGCGCACCAACGUUCGACACUGCAAGGAGAGGGGGCGUCGUCCCACUCCCACCAAAUCAAGCAAAACGAAAGAAACGCAUAGCCUACGAUUCGAGCGACUACUCUGGAUCUGCCGAUGACGAGUCGGACGACGACGAGCCACCAUGGUGGACGUUUACGCAGAACGGCAUCAACAGGAUCCGGGCCAGGGUAGAGCGCUCCACCAAGCCGCAGCACCACCGACAAAACAGCGGUGACCCAGACAGCGCAGCAAAUAUCACCGAGGCCGAGUCGGGGCGUGAAGGUGUGGCGUCGGCCGUUGCAGAUCGCCGGAGGAAACUGAAGAAGAGGGAGCGCGCCUUGCGACUCCCACAACGACGCAUCUCUCCGGCACGUCAAGAAUCAGGCGACACGCCUCAGCCGGCGAGGCAGGAUAGUGGUGGAUCGACACCGGGGGCGACGCGCGCCGCCGCGGCGAGGUUAUUCCACCCCCGGCCGUCGCGCGUUGCGACACCAGACGUCAUCCGGCGGUCGUCUGAUGGCCCGACCAUCGCGCCUUCAGCCAGCCUCGGACUGUUGACCGUCCAGCCUCCGCCGCCAGUUCAGCGAUCCAACUCGGCGCCCAUUCAGCCGGGCACCGAGCCGUCAGCAGCGACAUUGUCGCUUGUCACGGGAUUACCUGAGGGCCGGAGAACCGCGUCCCCCGAGCCGCAGUCUGGCGCGGGGUCAGACAGCGGCAACGGCAUCUCGCCUGGGCGACGAACGAGUCGCAUGAAUAGUUUCGGCCUCCCUUCAUUCCCGCGCCGCAGCACCGAAGGAGCGCCCGAUAUCCUUACUGACCCCGAGUCGACAAUAUACACCACCCCUCGACACCGGGCCGCGAGGCAGCAGCGUCUCUUCGGACGGCGCGGGCUCAGCCAAAUGCCAGAGGAGGCGAAUGGCUUCGAAUCUGAAUCAGGCGUCGCAGGCAGUGGGCCGACCACGCCCCUCUACAAACGCCGUCCGGGCGGUAUCUCGGACAACCUGCGCCUCCGCUUGCCCCCGCCUAUGCGCGAACACUUUGCCAAUGGCUGGCCACAUGCCGGCUCAUGGCAGGACGCCCUGCGCUACGGCGUGUACGACGACGAGUUUAGCGGGACCCCCGGCCCAAACGGCGCAAAUGGCGCGAUGAACCGUGGCAACAGCGGCAGCACGCUGAGCAGAAGCCAGUCGGCUGGCGCUGUUGCCACCAUGGCCAUGAACGGUAAUGGCGACCACAGCACAGACACAAGCGGGCCCGAGGCGCCUCCAGUGCCUCGUACCCCAGCCUCCAAGGGGGUCACUGUCCGCACCCCAUCCGUCGAGAGGGUCUCGCCCAUGGCGACUGUCGAAGAGCCAGAGAAGGCCAAGCGCAAGAGCGGGCGCCGCAAGACCAAACGCUACCGCCCUGUCCUGGUGCCCCCUACCCCUGGUGGCAACUUUAUCCCACGGGAAAAGGUGCCCGGGUCAACGUGGGGCACAAACGUCUCCACAGCCGGUUCACGCGACCAGGAUAACCCGUUUGAACGCACAAACCCGUUCGAGCGGAUCGACGAGGAGCUGAGCUUGUCCCCCCAGCCGACACACUCGUCUGAGAAGCCCAAGCGUGUGCGCAACAACUGUACCCUCGUGCGUGCGCUGUGGUCGUUCUUCUUCAACCCACGUCAGCGCCGCGCCCCAGCCCCCGUCGACGACCUCGACUUCCCGGCCAAGCUCAGACGCGUCCUCUUCCUCGACGCCCGUGUGACCAUCUAUAUCCGUCUCUUCAACCUCGGUGUCGUCGCCACAUUGCUCGGACUGGCGGUCACCAUCCGGCGGGAGCAGAACCGCAUCGGCGCGCCGGGCUCGAUCGGCCCGUCGACAACCCUCAUCAUCGCCUACUCGUCCUUCACGAUGGUGCACGUCCUGCUGGCCAUGUACCGCGAGUACUUUGGCCGCCCGAUCGGGCUGUGGGGCCUCCGCUCCAAGAUGCUCUGGGUGUGUCUCGACCUCUUGUUCGUCGCGCUGUGGUCGAGCGCCACCACGCUCGCGAUCAACGACUACAUCGACACGCCGUUAAACUGCUCCCCCUUGACCCCGUGGUGGACCAACACCAGGAACGACUCGGUUUCCGAUGCCUCCUCGCGCCGCGCCGCGUACAUCCUUGCGAUUACCUUCCCCGACAGUGUGAGAGACAGCAAGAUGGCCGCGGAUGUGUGUCGUCGCCAGGCCGGCGUGCUCACCAUCUGCCUCGUCGCGCUCCUGCUCUACUGCGGCAACAUGGUACUUUCUCUGUUCCGUAUUUUCGAGACGGUGCGCCGGACCGCCAACCCGGAACGCACCGUGUCUGUGUAG